CAUGGACGGUCCUCGAGUCCCGAGCUCCAGGGAGUCACACUCGCUGUGUAUCAGUACUGUGUUUCUGCAAUGAACACCGCGCGACUGAACCGACAGGAAUAUCUUAAGGAAUAACCUCGGGAAAACAUGGAAUAAUACGAGUACAUAACAUUUAGUCAGGUGUGGUGAGCGAGCGAGAGCGUCAGGAUGCCGCUGGUCAAGCGCAGUAUCGAGCCUCGUCACCUGUGUCACACAGCUCUGCCACACAGCAUCAAGAACGAGCUGGAGUGUGUGACCAACAUCUCUCUGGCCAACGUGAUCCGACAGCUGAGCAGCCUGAGUAAAUAUGCGGAGGAUUUGUUCGGCGAGCUCUUUAAUGAAGCUCAUUCCUUCUCAUUUCGAGUGAAUUCACUUCAGGAGAGAGUCGACCGCCUGUCAAUCAGCGUCACUCAACUCGACCCCAAAGAGGAGGAGUUGUCUCUUCAGGACAUCACCAUGAGGAAGGCCUUCCGCAGCUCCAUCAUUCAGGACCAGCAGCUGUUUGAGCGUCAGUCUCUUCCCUUCCCCAUGCAGGAGACAUACGAGCUGUGCGAACAACCUCCACCGCUGAACAUCCUCACGCCCUACAGGGAUGAUGGGAAGGAAGGGCUGAAGUUCUACACCAACCCGUCGUACUUCUUCGACCUGUGGAGAGAGAAGAUGCUGCAGGACACAGAAGACAAGAGGAAAGAGAGGCGGAAACAGAAGUUGCAGGAUCCCCACAUGUAUGAUCAGGUCUAUAAAUAUCUGGACCUUCCAGUGCAGCUGAAGAACAUCGACCGUCCUCAUGACCAGGAGAAGAUCCCGCGGGCGCCUCACGACCGCAAGAAGGAUUGGCAGAAGAUGGCUCUGGGGCCGGAGCUCGCCGCGGACGAAUCCGAAGACAAACACAAAGACACCAACGGAUCAGCAGCCUACCACGAGCACAGGGCUCCGCCCCUUCACUCAUCUCCCGCCCGCGGACAGCUGGACAAGACUCCGCUCACAGCUGGAGACGGAAUGGUUUUGCCACCUCCUCCGCCGCCGCCUCCUCUGCCCCUCCCAGGAAACAGAGGCUCCUCCCCCUGCACAUCCUCAGGCCCGCCCACCUUGCCUUCCUUCCCAUCAGGAGCGGUUUCGUCGCCGCCCACUCACUCGGGUCACGAGGUCAAGAGGUAUCCAUCCAACCUGCCGCCAAUCAGCGACGCCCGCAGCGUUCUAUUGGAAGCCAUCCGUAAAGGGAUCCAGCUGAGGAAGGUGGAGGAGCAGCGGGAGCAAGAGGCCAAACACGAGCGCGUGGGGAACGACGUGGCCACGAUCCUGUCGCGCCGCAUCGCGGUGGAGUACAGCGACUCCGAGGACGAGGACGAGUUCGACGAGGUCGACUGGAUGGAAUGAGACGAAGACGAACGUCACGAAAUCUCAGCUAACCUUCUUCCCACAAACACUCUCCGAUCCGUCGCAGACUAAUUCAGGAAACAUCGGGACUGCGGACGACUGUAUUCAACGUUCCCAGAAUGCUUUGCUUUAAUGUUUUUUAACCACUUGUUGUGCAAUUGAUGAAUGAAAACCGGUCAUAUUUCUUUCAUUUGAAUUCAUCCGUCUUUUGUUGUUAUAGUUGGGCGCGAGAGACGACAGCGGCCUCUUCUGGUCACGACAGGAACGUCUCGAUGUGACGGAUGAUUAUUAUACUUUCUAUAUCAUCUAAACCGUUCUUCCUUUACAGAGACGUGAUGUUGGAUGUCACGGUGUGCUUGCGAUGGACAAAGUCAAAGGGGAAAAAAUGAAGGAACGUUUUUAUUAACGUGACAAGACGACUAAAAUACAUGCCUGAAUCUCUUUUCCAGGUUAUAUUUCACCUCACACUAAAUAUUGAAAAAAAAUUCAAUAAACAAAUGAAAUUAAAUAUGUAAUCCCCAUUAGGAU